AUGUUCGCAAAAGCUCUUAUACUUCUUGUGGCACUCGUCGCCAUUUCUGCCAUCCCUCCGCCUGAACACCAACAUGACCCUGAAGUCGAAAACGUCCACGAAAUGUACUUCCCUGAAGAAAUCAACGAAUUGCUUCGUUUCAGACGUUCUAUUCCAUCAGGUGCUUCCAAUUUUCCUCAAGCUUCUCGACGAAGAGGUAAAUGGUCCGUAAACCCCGAUCUCGGAAGGGACGAGAGUGGAAACACCAGAGGCCAAGUCGAAAUUAACCAUAAAGGCAGAAACCACGACUUUAAUGCCGGAUGGGGAAAAGUUUUCAGGGGACCCAAUAGGGCGAAACCUACAUGGCACAUUGGAGGAACUUGGAGAUGGUGA